CCAACGGAUUUAAAUGGAAAUUUCAGAAAUUGAAAAGGGAUAAGAGGAAGGAGAAAAUGCUGGGCUGGUGUGAAGCGAUAGCCCGUAACCCUCACAGAAUCCCAAACAACACGCGAACACCCGAGAUCUCAGGGGAUUUGGCUGAUGCUUCACAAACCUCCACCUUGAAUGAGAAAUCCCCAGGGCGAUCUGCAAGUCGAUCAAGUAAUAUUUCAAAAGCAAGCAGUCCAACAACAGGGACAGCUCCCAGGAGCCAGUCAAGGUUGUCUGUCUGUCCAUCCACUCAGGACAUCUGCAGGAUCUGCCACUGUGAGGGGGACGAAGAGAGCCCCCUCAUCACACCCUGUCGCUGCACCGGCACCCUGCGCUUUGUCCACCAGUCCUGCCUCCACCAGUGGAUCAAGAGCUCAGACACGCGCUGCUGUGAGCUGUGCAAGUAUGACUUCAUCAUGGAGACUAAGCUCAAACCCCUCCGGAAGUGGGAGAAACUACAGAUGACCACGAGCGAAAGGAGGAAAAUCUUCUGCUCCGUCACGUUCCACGUAAUUGCGAUCACCUGUGUGGUCUGGUCUUUGUACGUGUUGAUAGAUCGGACAGCGGAAGAAAUCAAGCAAGGCAACGAUAAUGGUGUUCUUGAGUGGCCAUUUUGGACAAAACUGGUUGUGGUGGCCAUUGGCUUCACGGGAGGUCUUGUCUUCAUGUACGUACAGUGUAAAGUCUACGUUCAGUUAUGGCGCAGGCUGAAGGCCUACAACCGUGUGAUCUUUGUGCAAAAUUGCCCAGACACUGCCAAAAAGCAGGAGAAGAAUUUCUCGUGUAACGUACACACGGACAUCAAGGAUGCCGUGGUGGUGCCUGUGUCACAAACAGGCACAAAUUCACUGCCAUCUGCAGAGGGCGGCCCCCCUGAAGUCAUCCCGGUGUGACGGAGCCAGCUGGGAGUUUCUUCACUGAAGAGUAUCUUUCUAACCCUUAGCCACUACACACGAUGGAAGUGAUCCUGAAUUACUGACUCCCUUUAUCUUCUCCUUUCUCCUACUGACUCAUUCUUCCUUACAUUGCUCAAAAAGGAACGGACCAAAAGGCACCAAUGUCCAGGAUCCCACGAAGCAGUCCAAAGUGUGAUACAGAAAUGUGAAAAGGUUGCUAAUGGGCGAUUUCUAAGACAAUUAAGAACCAAUCGAGUGAGGGAUGCUUUCCGGCAACGACGAAAGACUAAAGGGACACAUGCAUCUCCAUGGUAGCAGGAGAAAGUUUAAGAACACAGACUUGAAUUGCGAUGUGUAUUUCUUCUAAGGCCUUGUAAUGUUAACCCUCUCUUCUGGAAAUAAGAAACGUACUUGGUUUUAAGCUUGAAAUUGUCUGCAUUAUCCUUAAGUCAUAUCAGAAGCAAACUUGGAGGAUGCAUAUUUUGAUAUUUAUACUUUGAUGGCUAACAGAUUUUUAUGGUUAUAGUGGGUCCAGUUGUUUUAACAGAUGCAUGUUUUUAAAAUAGAUGAAUACACACUUGAAGAGAUCAAUACUUAGAAUUAUGUUUAAAUCAUGAACAAAAGAUUUUCAGAGUGUUCUGGGUAUGAUUAGCACUGUUAAAUACCUACAGAAGGUGAAAUCAGCUAUCAGGUCCUAUAUUUUAUCCGGUCCCUCUAAAACAGUGUUGUCCAUCAGAUCUAUAACAUGAGCCACAAAUGCAGGCCAUAUCAUAUGUGUAGAUUUUAAGCUUUCUAGUAGCCCCAUUAGAAAAAGUAAAACGAAGUGAAACUUUUGUAUUUAACACUAUAUACCAAAUUAUCAUUUCAACAUGUCAUCAGUAUUAAAAAUUGAGAUAUUUUACUUACAUCUUUUUCUUAUGAACCAAGUUUUCAAAGUCCAGUAUGUAUUGUACCUUUACAACAGAUCUUCAUUUGAAUUAACCAUACUGGAUAGCACAGACCUAAAAUUGGAGGCAGAGCCUUCACUUCAUUGAACAAUUGAAUAUUUCAAAACAGCAGCUCAAUUCAUACUUUUAUUCAGAGUCUCACAAAUGUUAUAGUUUUAUUAAGCACUUACAUUCAUCAAGUUAAAUAUCCUGAGUGAGGUAAAUUUCUCUAAAGGGUUAAAAAAAAAAAGGAAAAAAGGUAGGGAAGGAGGAAAUAAUCUAACUGUGGCAAAAUUCUGAAAUUACCCUGUUUGCUACUAUGAAGCACAUAUGAUAGGGAAGCAAAAAUUAAAUAUUUUUGUUAGGUCAAAUGUGUAAGGUUUUGGUUUUUUUUUUUUAAUCUACAUGUGGUAUCAACUUGACAGAUGAGUAGUUAUGACUAAGCAUUUAGACUCUGUUUGAAAAACCUGACAGCAUUCCCCUGCUCAGCUGGGAAGUGAAGAUAUUGAACAGAUUUUGUGAUAAGUAAUAAACUGAGUUGUUGAGGUCUGACGUACAGCUGAUUACUGUGCUCCUUGCAUAUUCAUGUGAAACUGAAGCAUGGAUGAUAGAUUCUGCAAUGAGCUAGAUUAAUGAUGAUAGCUUUAGUGACCUGUCAGAGAAAGAGGUUAUCCAUUUUAAAAGGUGAUUUAUUUUUGUUAGCUGUCAUAUUUAUUGUUGUGAAAAGGCAACCGUGAUAGCCAUAAGAACUGAAGCAUGGGUAUUGCAUUGCACAAACAUGGGUAUCAUAUCGAUGCACUUUGUAAUUAUCAGUGUGCUUGUUCUUCAUGGAUCAUAGGGAAAAAAUAAGGAAAUAACCCUUCAAUGAGGAGAAAGAUGGUAUGAAUAUUAGUGGUGGCUGACACUGAGUCCAAAUAGUCCCAAUCCCUAGAAAAAAAGAAAAGGUAAACAAUGUCAAGUGUGUGGUGUGUGUGUGUGUGUGUGUGUGAGAUUUCAUGUAUAUACAUGACAAAAGUGUUAAGGUUUUUGGUCAGUCAGGAAAAAAAAGGUUUAAAACUCAUCUUUCUUAAAACUUACUGUGGUAGGUAUGGAAUAAAGGCACAGGGAACACAAAGCUGAAGUAACUAAAGUGUACCAAAAUUUCUGCACAAAUAAGGGCAAAAGUGUUGUAAUAAAAAAUUAAUGAACUUUAAACAAA